CAUUAACCGCGAAUUUGAACUCGGGAGCAUACUGUUAUUGUGUGCUGGUUGUAGUUUGGUUUAUUAUUUAUAAAAUUUACGAAUUACCUUAUAUAUAAUAACAAAAAAAAAGAAAUUUAUGCAUUCACAAAUGAUUGGGAAAAUUAAAUCUGUUUACUGUAAAUACUUUGUGUCAUAUUCUGAAAUUACGUUCUAUCCGAAGGAAUAUUUUAAUGUGCUAACAGGACCCAAUGGAACAGGAAAGUCAACUAUUGUAUCAGCUAUUGUGCUCGGAUUGGGAGGUGACCCACAGUUGCUGGAUCGAUCUUCUAGUAUCGCUGAUUACAUCCAAAGUGGUAAAACCGCUGCAACAAUUGUUAUAACAAUUUUUGGAAGAUAUAGUGACUCUACAGAAGCAUUCAAGCGUGUUAUAAAUCAGAAGGGAGAAUCUCAAUUUUUUGUGAACGCGAAAGAAAUGCCGAAGGCAAAGUUUUUGUCUUUUAUUGCUGCCUAUAACAUCCAAGUCAGCAAUUUAUGUCAGUUUUUACCGCAGGAUCGUGUACAGGAUUUUUCGAAAAUGAAUCCACAAGAUCUUUUAGUCAACACCAUGUCCUCUGUGUGCGAUAAUAAGUUAAUAAAGAAUUUCACUGAUCUUAAAGAAAUGCGAUUAAAGCAACUGACCGCUCAAACAGACAGAGAGAAGCAAAAUGAUAAACUUCAACAAGAGGAAAAACGAUUGGAGCAGUUACAGGUUUCGGUAGAUCAAUAUCAAGAACGCCAGGAAAUAAUACAGAAGUUAAACAUUUAUAAAGCGAAAAAGCUGUGGAUUGAACUGAAAGACUCUGAGGAAAAAAUUCACGAAUAUAAAAGUCAAUUGGAUGAAGCGAAAGCAGUUUAUCAAGAUUCAAAGAAUGCAUUUGAAGAAGAAAAAAAUGCACAAGAAGAAAUAGCAAAAAUAAAUGCUGACUUACGGGAACAAACUACUAAGCAAAAUAGGCAAAUCAAUGAAACCAUGAUUUCCAUGAAUAAGCUAAGUUCUCAGAUAGAGACCAUAAAAAAGAGUAUCACUGAAAGUAAAUGCGAACUAGAGAGAAGUAUCCAACAAUCAAUCAAGAGCAUAAACGACGUGGAAAAACUAAAGUAUUUACUGGAAACUAAACAACAUGAGUUGGAUAUAUUUAAUGUCACAAAGUCUCAGGUUUUAAAUGAAUUGGAGACGAAAAAAAACAUUAUAAUAAAAACUCGCGACACGACAAUGAGCCAUUAUAACAAGCGUAGGGAACUUGAAACAAAAUUAAAUGAUGAAAAAAUUCCUGAAAUUGCAGCACUCUGCCAUAAGAUUGAUCGAUUAGAGAACAUAAAGUCGCAAAAGAUUGAAGAGCUGCGUGUUCGAAACCCCAACUUGUUCAAAGCUAUGAAUUGGGUAGCACAAAAUAAGCAUAUAUAUUCGUGUAAUAUAUAUGAUCCAAUGAUAUUUGAAUUGACAAUAAAAAGCGAGGAAGGAGCCAUGUAUUUAGAAAACGUUGUUAGGCAGCGAGACCUUUUUGCCUUUGCAUGUGAAGACAAAAAUGAUAUGUCUGAUCUUAUUGAUGAGUUAUGUGUAAAGCAAAAGUUAUCUGUAAAUGUUAUGUACUGCGCACCAGCGGAUAAAUGUUUCUUUAAACCUACUGUGCCAAUAACAGAAGUUACGCAACUAGGAUUCAAAGCGUACCUUGUUGAUCUCGUUUCUGGUCCAAUACCUUUGAUAAAUAAGCUAUGUGCAACUUAUCAAAUUCAUAAUAUUCUGAUAGGAAACGAUGAAGUCAGUAAAUUUACAGCGUGUGUUCCGAAAUCUAUUCGUGUAUAUUUCGGAGGCAAUAAAAAGUACUCUGUGAUGUCUUCCCGAUACCGUUCUGACCUUAUGCUUACUGAAAAUAUAAUAAAGAAAAAAAAUCAGCUUAUAAGUCUUGAUUUAAAACAAAUGAAUUCUCUUAAAGAAAGACAUGCGAAGGCUAUAUUAGAGAAGGAUAAAAUCAGGAACACUUUAAAAGACAUUGAUAAUGAAUUCGAUCGCCUGCAAAUUGUUCUCCGCCAAGAAGGAGAUGAAAAAAAAAAAAUUGAACAGAAAUUAUCUCAUUUUAGUAAUUUGACCGAUGAAAUAAAAAAGCUCCAGUCAAAAGUGAACACUGUCAAUCAAUCAUUUGCUUCUUUAGAUCAGAUCAAACAAAAAUUUCAAAUCACUAUGUUAUCGGAUUUCAGAAAAAUUUUUGAAAUCGAGCAAAACUUACUUAAGUCGUUAAAGCUUACUGAUAAAUUAAUUGAAGGAAGGAAAGUUAAUCAUAUAUUGGAAAGGGCUCAUUUACAACAGCAUGCGUCUCAAAUUAAUAAGCUAAAGGAGAGGGAAGAUCAGUUCUCAAAAGCCUCUACAUUAGUCAACAGGUUGACAGGGGUAGUACAAAUUACAUCACAACAAAUCAACUCAAAAGCUGUGGAAUUGCGGUGCCUCUGCAAUGGAAAUCUACCAUCAAAUAAUGAUUUUCCAUUUAAAACUGAUUUUGAUAAGAUAAGAAAUCUUACCGUAGAACAGAUUUAUGAAGCGAUUCUUGACUAUCAAGCUAGAUUAGAUUGUAUGAAAAAUUUAAAUUCAGAGGCAAUUGCGGAGUUUCGACAUCGCCAAGCUGAGGUUGAGGAACUAAGGAAAACAAUUGAAGCCAAAUCAACCCAAGAAAAAAAUUUAGAUGCUGUAAUGAUUACUUUAUACAACAAGUGGGAACCACAACUCACAAAAUUGAUUGAGACAAUAAACAAUAAGUUCAGUGAGUUUAUGGAGUCUUUAUCGUAUGUUGGCGAAGUGGUUUUAUCGAGAAAGGAUAAGAGCGAUUUUGAUUCUUAUGGAAUUCAAAUAAUGGUCAAAUAUAGAAAGGACGCAAAAUUACAAACUCUGGACAAAUAUAUACAAUCUGGUGGAGAACGUGCAGUGGCCAUCGCCAUAUAUUCGUUGUCAUUGCAGCAUAUUACACAAGUACCAUUCAGAUGCGUUGAUGAGAUUAAUCAAGGUAUGGACGCUAAAAACGAGCGUCACAUUUUUAAUUUACUUUUAAAGGAGGCUACGAAGGAUGGGUCGGCGCAAUAUCUUUUCGUUACCCCGAAGUUACUACUUGAUUUGAGCUACAAUGAACGCUUAUGCGUGUCAGUUGUUCAUAAUUCUGGAUCUAUUAAAGCUGAUGUUAUAUUUCCCUUAAGCUAGUUACUUUAGUUAUAAUUAUAUUCCGUAAAAUCUACUUUCGUUUUUGCUUAUUAAUCGACUUAUACUAUGUACUUUUGACAACAAUUUUUCUAUUAUUGCCGAUAAUAAGACCACUGUGGAUAUUUUUGGAAAACUAUGUCAUAAUACAAAAAAAACUUUACAUUUCUUAAA